AUGGGCAACCUGUGCUCCAAAUCCUCGAACCCCCCACCUUCAUCCGAUGAUCAUUUCGCGCAACCCGGUCGCGUCCUCGGCUCCGCACCACGAAAGCCUUCAGAGCCUCGUGCUGCGAUUCCGAAGAUCGCCAGUGGUAGUGGGGUUGGGGCUGGUGGGCAGGGGCAAACACUAGGUGGUGGCGGAACGGGAGAUGCGAGGAGUGCUGCUGCUAAGGCCGCUGAGGAGCGUGCAUCAAAAGCGAAGCGGCAACCCGCCGGAAAGCUGGGGAAGGAAUUGGCGAGUCAAAAAGCGCAGCGAAGAAGCGAUACGUUGGGAAGUCUGAGUAAUGAUGAACGACGGAGAAGAGAUGCCGAUACGAAUGCUGAGAUUAGAAACUAUAACUGA